AUGGGUGUUUUAAAAUUAAAGAGUGAUAAAAAAAAGAAGGAAAGAAAUGAGAAAGAAACAAAAAUAGACUAUCAGAAAUGUAUAAAGAAAACAAAAGUAAGAGAAAAUAUUUUUAUGAAAGGAAGUGUUGAAAAUGAUUUUGAUAUAAGAAUAUUUAUGAAAACAGAUCAUAGUUCAAAUAAAAUUCGUCAAUUAAAUUAUGCAAAAUUAGUUAAAGGGAUAAGAAAAAAUAAAAAUUUAAUACCUAAUAAUAUAGAGAAAAUUAUUGAAAUAUAUGGAUUAGGUAUAUCAGAAGAAGAUAAAAAUAUCCGAAAUUAUUCUUCGAAAAUAUUUUAUCAUUUAAUAAAUAAUAUUAAUUAUGAUAAAUUUUAUGGAAAAAUUAAAACUUGUUUAUUUCAUUCAUUAAAAAUUGAGAAAGUGGAUCUAAAAAUAUUAAAUUUGGAAUUAUGUCAUAAAUUUUUUUUUACAAAGAUUUCUUAUUGUAAUAAAUUUUUUUAUGAAUUUUUAAAUAAUAUUUUAGAUUGUUUCAUAUCACUCAGUAUCCAGAAUCAAAUAAAGAAUGUGAAAUAUAUUUUCUUGUUAUUUAAACAUAAGGCUAAAUAUAAGAGGGAAAAAAGAAAAUUGCUUCAAUUAAAGAAAAAGGGCAUAAAAAUUAUGCCCGCGGAGAUAAAAAAUAAUAAAAGUUUAAAGGAGGAUAAGCAAGUAGCCGACAUGGAAUUUAAGAAUUUUAAACAAAAUAAUGAUAACAAAAAAAAUUUUGAUAACAAAAAAAAUGUUCAUAAUAACAAUAGUUAUAGUAGUGACGUUAGUGAUAAUAAUUAUGAACCUAUUAGUUGUCGAAAUAUGCGAAACAAUUUAAGAGAUCCAUAUUUAAUAAAAAAAGGCAUAAGAAUAAAGCUUGAUGAAAAUACAAAAAUAGAAAUAUAUAAAAAAUUAUUUCAAUGUCUUUAUAAUUUUAUGGAUGAAAUAAUAUAUAACUCGUUACAAGUUGAUUUAAUUAAUUUGUAUACAAAAAUAUUGAAAAACAUUAUUUUUGUAAUAAAAAAGAAAAUAACAUUAACAUUGGAAAUUAUGUUAAUAAUAAAUAAACUUAUAAAAAAAAUUAUUGAGUUAAUUAAUGAAAAUAUAUUAAAUAUAAAAAAUGUGAAAGUUUUAAAUAUGAUAUAUUAUUUUAUUGUAUUAAUUAUAUCUUUAUGUUUAAAAGAAAGGAAAUAUUUUGACUUUUUUAAAAAAAAAAUAAAAAUGGAUAUUUUACAAUGGCUUCAUUAUACGUUUGUAAUAUAUUGGUAUGUGUUAUUAAAAGAGAAUUUUUUUAAUAUCCCAUCUGGUAUGGAAAAUGAAAAAAAUAAAAUAAAAAAUAUUUAUUAUAAACAUGAAGAUAUAUGUGAACACAAUAUUAGUAAUAAUAUAUUAAGUGACAAAUUAAAAGCAUGUACACCUAAUGGUGGUGAUGAUAUAAACUGUGUGCACAUGGGAAAUAAAUCAAGUACAAAUGAAAAGAAACAUAACAAUAAUAAUGAUAAUGAUGAUAAUAAUAAUAAUUUAUUAAAUGUAUGUGAUUUACAUUAUAAUAUUAUGUGUGAUGACAAAACGUUUCAUUAUAAGAAUAAUAAAAAAUAUGCCAAGAAAUAUUUCAUGUUAUUAAUAUAUUACUAUGAAAUUUAUAUGAACAGAACAAAUAAUAAUAUAGUACUAAAUUAUUAUAUAAAUAUAAAAAAAAAAAGUACUGAACAAAGUACAGAACAAAAUAAAAACUUACAUAAAACAAUUAUGAAUAAAAUUGAAGCAUAUACUAUAUCCAUGUUUCAUAAGAAUAAUGAUGAUAGUGAAAAAUGUGCUGAAUAUAUUAUUAAUUAUUUAUUAAGUUUUUCAUAUAAUAGUAUUGAAAAGAUUAUUCAUUUAUGUUAUAAUAUUAUUUUAUUAUCAUAUAAAGAUAAUGUCGAUUUAUAUACAAUGAAGAAUGAAUAUUUAUAUAUACAAAAGAAUAAAAAGGAUAAGAAUAAAGAUGAUUUUAUAUUAUAUUCCUUUAAAUAUUUUACAGCACCAUUUCUUUUUUUAUCCCUAGUAGAUUGUACAAAGUUUAUAAAUAAUGAUUUUUUUUUGAAAAGUUUUUAUUCAUUUUUUAAAGAAGAAGAAGAAGAAGAAAAAAUUAUUAGUACUAUAAGAUUUUUACAUAAGGAGAAAGAAUAUGUGAAGAUGAUAAUUUCAAAUAGUAUGUUUGAUAACUUUAUGAAUACUUUAUUAUAUGUGUUAUAUAAUUAUAGUGACGAAUUUUUUGUGAAUAAUUGUUUGUUCUUCUUUUGUAUGUUAAAGGAAAAUCAGAGGGAUAUCUUAAAAAGGAAAGAUGAUAAUAAUAAUGAUAAUGAUAAUAAUGAUAAUAAUGAUAAUGAUAAUAAUGAUAAUAAUAAUAAUGAUAAUAAUAAUAAUAAAGAAUGUGGUGACAUGUUCAAUGUAUCAGGUGAGAAUACUAUUUUUUUUAAUGACAUGGUUCGAGAUGAUAAGAGUGAGGAUGGUAGUAGUGUUCAUAAUUUCCAAAAUAUUAUGAACAAAAAAAUGAACAAUAUUAAAAAAGUGCUAAUUGAUUAUUUUAUACAUAAAAAUAAUUCUUAUAUGUUAUCAUUUGAUAUUUUGAAAAUUUUAUAUUUCUUAUAUGAACAUACAAAUAUAAAAUUAUUAAUAUUUAUAUAUUAUUUAAUUAUAAAUUGUGUAAAUAAAUUUGAUUGUAGGGGAAAAACAAAAAAUUCCUUCUUUUUAAAUACGAGAGAAGCUAUUGUUUGUAUUAACAAAAUAAUGGGUGUAAAUUAUAUAAAACAUAUGGAUAUAUCUAAGAAAGCAAAUGAAAAUUUAUAUAUAGAUAUAGAUAACAAGAAAUAUUUAUUUGUUAUAAAUGAUGAAUAUAUAUAUAAAGAACAUUUUGUUCUGUUCUUUUUUAAACUAAACUUGUAUGAAACAAUAAAGGUAUGUGAAAAUUGUGUAUACGAUUUGUUAGAGGAUUUGCAAAACGUACAGGAAGAAGAAAAAAAAAAAAAUCAAGAUGAUGAUGAUGAAGAAGAAAAAAAAUAUUAUGUUAUAUUGAAUAAUUUAAAAUAUACAAAUAUAAUAUUAAUUAUAAAAAAUAUAUCUUAUAUUAUUGCUAAUAUGAAAUUACAUUGUUCUCAUGUGCCUUUGGAAAAUAUAAAUAUUGCAUGCAUAAAAUUGAAUUAUUUAUUUUGCCUUAUUCAAAAAUUAGAGAAGGUUAAUGAAAGUGUAUGUGACAAAAUAUUUAAGAUAAUAAAAAUAAUUACCUUGUAUUAUUUUGUGUGCUUUUAUAUGUGUCCUCCACUUUUAUAUGAUACCAAUAUAGAAAUGGAUGAGAAGGAAGAUGAUAAUAAUUGUCUUAGUUAUGAUAAUACCUCAGGGGAAGAAGAAAAAAAAAAGGUACACAAAAGAAAAUUUUGUGAAAUAUCAAAUUAUAUAGAAGAUGAUAUUCAUUUAAAAACACAUCAUAAUGAUGAGAAAAAUAAUUUGAAUGGUAUAUCAGAUAUAAGAGAUAUUGAAAAAGAAGAUGACGAAAAGUAUUUUAUUUAUAAUAGAAAUAUAAAAGUUAAAGUGGAUAUUUCAUUAUUUCCUUUAUUUUUAAAAAAUUAUUUUAAUAAUUAUAUGAAUAUAAAAAAUGAAGGAAAGGUAUAUGGUUUAGAGGAUAUAUUGCCUGAUUUUUUUUGUAUUGAAUUUUUUAAUAUAUUAUUAGAAACAGAAAUAUAUUAUUAUAUACCUAUAAAUAAUAAUAAGAACUUUGAAAAUGUUAUAUAUGAUAAUAAUGAAGAAAGUUAUAAUUUAAUUACUCAUAAAUAUAUUGAAGAAUUAAUAAAUAAAUAUGAAAAACAUAUUAAUUUUGUAAGUUAUAAAAAAUUAGUAUAUUUACCAAUAAGAAAAAUUAUCAAAUUAUUAAUUGUUUCUUUAUUCAAAAUGUCAUAUAAUAGAAAUAUAUUUUUUGAUCCACUUUCAUAUAAUAUAAAAAAGGAUAUUCUAUUGAAUAUUUUUCUGGAUAAUUUGAAUUUUGUUCUGAUAUUUUAUUAUUUUAUAUCUUAUAUAAUGAAUCGAAUGAACUACUUUUUGAAUGCUUCCUUUUCACUGAGAAAUUAUUAUUCCUUCUGGUUUUUUGUGGAUAUCAUUCUGUGCUGCUAUUGCAUUAAAGAAGAAAAGAUGAAGAAUCUAAAAUUACCAUGGUCAAAGGAAUAUGAAGAAAUUCAUCUCAUAUUAAAUGAAGCAUUAAUAGGUUUAAAUAAAAAGUUGAAAAAUAUGCUGGAUCUUAUUUUAAAACAUGAUGAAAGAUAUAAUUUGAUAAAUAAUAUAGGGAAGAUUUAUGAACAAUUAUAA